AUGAGGAACAUCGGAGAGAAAGAAGGCGGUCAACCAAGCAGGAACAAUGGCGAAACUGGCCCCGAGCCUAAGCAGCAUAGGAUUGACAUUGUUGAAAUCAAUCCUAGGGUGAAAAAUUGGAAUCGGUUAGUCCAAAAAGCAAAAGAAAGGAUUCAAUCUCAAAGUCAAUGGCCAAGGAUACCAAAGGUUCCUCAGAUGCUGAGGGGUACCCAGGAUUUCAAGAAAUUCUAUGAACCGAGGGUAAUUUCAUUGGGUCCUUACCACCAUGGCAAUCCCCACCUUCGCCCAGGGGAAAUGAUCAAGCCUCUAUGUGCCCAAAAAUUCCUAGCUGAUAGUAACCAGGACAUCGAUGCUUUGUACACAAAAAUUGAAAGUAAUAUCGAGGCAGUGAAGAAGUGCUAUGAUUGGAGUAGUACAACCGAGUAUGAUGAUGAGGCACUCGCCUGGAUGAUGCUUCUGGAUGGGUGUUUUUUACUACAAUUCAUCCGCAGGACAGACGAUAUGAGUAAGGUUCUUAGAGCACACCAAAUAGGUCUUGUGGGGCUGGACUUGUUCCUGCUUGAGAACCAACUUCCUUUUGGAGUCCUCAAGUUGAUUUUUGAGGGAACAAGUUUACCAGUGGAAGAGACGAUUAAAGAAUUCGUCACUAACACCAUAAGGCCAGACUGGUCGACAUCAGAAAUACAGCUGAAAGAGGAGAACAAAGAGCCCUCUCAUCUCCUCGACCUUUUGCGAAGUGCUCUCCUAGGCAGGUAUAAAAAGAUUAGCAAGCAAGAACUGGAGAGUCAGCCGGAACAAGAGCAGGAAGCUGAAAACAAGGGAGAGUCGUCGUCGUCGUCUCGAGGAAGAGAUGGGGGGUUCUGUUGCCCAUGGAAAAAAGGCAAGCAACAAGGCAAUUGGCCGUCUUUUCGGCACAUCAAGGAGCUUAAAGCUGCCGGGAUCCAUCUCCAACCGAGUGCAACGAGUUGCUUGACAGACAUUUCUUUCAAUUCCUACUUCUUCUAUGGCUACCUGAAACUUCCCCCAAUAAUGGUUGAUGACUCCACGAAGCCCAAGUUCUUGAACAUGGUAGCCUAUGAAAUGUGUCCAGAUGCCCCAGAUGACUAUGCGGUCACUUCUUAUGUAUGCUUCCUUUACGAGCUCAUUGAUCAUGCAUACGAUGUCAAGGAGCUGAGAUCUAAGCACAUUCUCUACAACUGUCUUGGCAGCGAUGAAGAUGUGGCCAAAAUUUUCAACGAGAUCGGCAAUGACUUGGUAGAUCCCAAUGCUUAUAAAGAAGUGAAAACUAGUAUUCAAAAACACUACGACAAGAGAGUGAAUACUUGGAUAGCUGAAGGCCUUCACGAACAUUUCAGGUCUCCAUGGACUAUCAUCGCUUUCAUUGCUGCUGUUUUGAUACUACUUUUUACUGGGGUUUCGACCUACUACGCUCUUCCCGGUAAAUCUUCUUACCGGGUUUCAGACCUACUUCGCUCUUCCCGCUAA